AACUUUAUUAACGCAAUCAAGCCAAUGAUGUGCAAGCUAGGCCCUGAUCAUUUCUGAUGGACCAGAUCCAAUAAAUCCUUUAUCUAGCAGGGGAGCUCUCAUUUUCCCUCUUUUUCUUUGGUCGGUUCUCUUUGAGCUCUGCUACUUGUCGCGUUUCCUCUGUCAAUACUUCGUGUGCUACUAUCCCCGGCAAAUAUCCUAUCUUAUGCCCUUUGAACGUGCUUCAAUCUUCUUUGAGAACUGUCACUGCUUUUUCGGAUUGGACGUGUAUGACAACGAUGCUCGAACAACAAUAGAAAGAGAAGGGGUCUCCAUUGUUGUUCGCAGCGAUCUUCCAUCCAGAUCCUGGGCAUUGUGCGACAUACCUCUUCCCAUCUUGACCUCUCCAGACCAACAAUAUGCGGCUUUUUCAAUUAAUAUCCUUGAUCAUUCUCCUAGCACCAAGCUUGGUUACACUGGCAGCGCAGGUACCUCACGAUGUACGCGGAUUUGAAACUGUUUCCAUCCUGGAGGCAAGAGAUGAGCCCACAAAUACUACUACGACAGCUGUCGCAUCGGAUAGCGAGACGACGGCGACGGCUACCACCUCGGGCGAUUCUUUCACGUCUAUGUCAGACACAACCGAGACGCCUGCCUCGACGACAAUUGCGUCUUUGAAUGCAUCGAAUACAUCGGAUGGUCACAAAAAGCAGACAGGGUCACCCAAGCCAGGAGGACUUCCUAUAAAACCUUCGAUUACGCCUGCGUUAGGUGUCGGUGGUUUUAUCCUGAUAAUUAUAGGCGCGGUUCUGGCGUUGAUUGGGAUUCGGAAUCUAUGGGUACAAGUGUUCCUAUCUGCCUCCCUGCUGACCGGAUUAGGUAUAACUGUCUUGAUCCUCUAUGUGAUGAAUCCCCCAGUCAGCAACGCAAUUCAAGGAGCCUACCUCGUCGCCGUGUUCUUCUCCGGAAUCACCUUCGGGGCGCUCGCGAUCGUCUUCAAAGAAUUAACGGAAGGACUCGGAUGCUUUCUGGGCGGCUUCUGUGCUAGCAUGUGGCUUCUUUGUUUGAAGCCGGGCGGUCUUUUGACAGAUGUCAGUUCGAAGAGCGGAUUCAUCGCGGGGAUAUCAGUGGGAUUCUAUGCGUUGUCGUUUAGUCAAUAUACGCGGCCUCAUGGGUUGAUCGUGUCUACUGCGAUUUCGGGGGGUACGACAGUUUCUCUUGGGAUUGAUUGCUUCAGUCGCGCGGGAUUGAAGGAAUUCUGGUUGUACAUUUGGGAACUAAACGACAACAUCUUCCCUCUAAAUACCAACUCCUACCCCAUAACCCGCAACAUCCGCGUUGAACUUGCCGUCACCGUCAUCGUCGCCCUUUUAGGAAUUGUCUCUCAACUCCGUCUCUGGAAGAUGAUCCGCCAGCGUCGUCGAAACGAAGCCAAAAUGCGCGAAGAAGAGAGAAAGAAAAAGGACGAAGCUGAUACUGAAGCCGGAAGACAAUUGGAAGAAACUACCGUACGCGAACGAGCGGAAUGGGAGGCGAAAUAUGGAAGCAGUACUGACUCGAAGCCAACAUCGAGUAGUACCCAGGAGGUCGACGAGAAAGACGGACAAGAUAUCGAUUUGGAGAAAGGUGAAGGGGCCGAUGUAAAGAGCGUCACGGCUACAUCCCAACAAUCAUACCGCUGCUCUGAAUGCAGAGAACGAGAAGCCAACGGCGGCCUCGACUCAGAAAUUGCAUCCAGAGCAGCCCACGACAACAAUUCACUCACAAAUGAUGAGCCCCACAAAUUAACCCUCAACCAAGGCCCCAACACAGAACCAGAACCAGCAGCCCCAGUCUUCGAUGGCGCCGCCGCAACCCGUAUAAAAGAUGAUAACCAGUCUGAAGUAAGCGCUGUUAUUGGUUCAGAAGCGGGAACUUUCUCGAAGCGGUUUUCGGGAAUGACUAUUUUGCAGCGGGACUCUAUGAGGAGUAGUAUGGCGCUUGUUCGAGAAAGGGAUGAUGAUGCUACUUCAAAUACUUCUGAGGAGGGUGUUGAUGGGGAUAGUGGUUUGGCUUCUCGUCGUUCGAGCGUUUACUCGGCGGAAGGCGAGAUGGAGCUAGAUCAAACUCGAGGCUCGAAACACGACGACUCUACAAAAGAACAAGGGGAGAAUACCUUGGAGCCCGAAAAGGCAACAGAACAGCUAGAGACCUCCGAACACAACGAAAAGGAUACCCCCGUUAGCGAACAGAAGCAGCAGGAAAACCAAACUUCUCAAAUAGAGCAGCAGGACCAGCCUGCUACAUCCGUUUCAGAUUACAGCCACGAUGGCCCGCCAGCGUCUUCAUAUGAAGCAGGCGAGAAGCCCCGUGUGCGAGAUGAUAGUAAGGUGCAGACUCUGGCAGCUUUAUACGAUGACGCAGUGAAAUCUGCAGAAGCAUCUCAAAAGCCUAGUGCAAGUGCUUCAUCGAAGGGGCCAGGGUCUCAUGCAGAACAGCAAGGCGUGAAGCCUCCUGUUAAGCCCAAGCCGGCAGCGGAAUCAACAAAAAGCAAGCGCUCUGAAGAGCGGAAAUCUUCUUCACAGAAGGACAAGGUGAAAGCCCGUGCAAAGAAGGAAAGGGUCACUCUGAACGAGAAAACAGUGAGACACCUUCCAGAAAGAACAUCCAGAGUGGUCCUGUCUUAUCGCACAAACGAAUGGGCAAAGCAUCUAGAUGAUGCAGAUAUGCCUGAGCCACCACCGAUCCAGCCGAUCGAAGAGGAACAGCCGAAGGUUCCUGUGACGAACGAAGCAUCCCCUGCUCCGGUACGCGUCAAAGAACUGCUGCAAACACCGCUAAACGCGCAGCCACCACCCGUCGAACGCCGCGUCUCAUUCAAGGAAUUACGGAACUCAAACGAGGGUCAUCGGGCAUCCCACGAAUCCCUGCAGCGGCAAACGGACAGGCCUGUAACGAGGUCGAAUUCAAUGGCCAACUGCCCGCAACCUACCACUGUCUCACCUGUAUAUCCGGAUCCUCCUCAUCCGCAGCCUCAACUGGCUCAGCCUGCACCACCCAAAGAACCCAAGUGGAAGGGACCUCCUCCACUUCUAGCAGUACGAGAGGAUUUAAUGCGCAACCGGGUAUCGUCGACUUCGCUGUCGAUCGAUCCCUGGUUACGUAGUAGUCCCCGACAAUCAACCUUUGGGCCAUUGUCGCCCACUUCUCCUACCUCGCCCACAUCGCCUAUCAUAGUUUUACCUACUCCGGGGGAAGCUGACGAUGUACCCUUAUCACAACGGCGCGCGAUGCUGCAGCAGCAGCAACAACAACAACAACAACAACAGACACCACCCACACCACGAGCUCUCUUCCUGCAAGCUCCACUGCAGAGAACUCGAUCCGGCAUGUCAGAUAACAACGCGCAGGCGCUGUCCGACGAGAACCUUCCACUCGACGCGAGUCGCGACGCUUUUCCCUUACUAUCCAUCCCUGAGCGGCGGCGCAGUCGGUUGACUCCGUCUCCGUCGAGUUUGGUGGUUGAGCGCAGUCAGGGUGAGACGGAGAGUUGGCGCACGAGUAUUGCAGUACCUCGUGGGCAGAGGCACAGUGGCACUUUGCCUGACGUUCAUUACGACGACGACCACGACAACGAGAACGACUACAGUAUAGUCACGGGAGAAAUGGCAGCGACUGCGGAUAAUCUACGGCCUCCGGAACAGGCCCAUCUGGCACGGGAUGCAGCAGCAACAGCACCACCGGCAACGCCACGAUCUCGCGAAUUGCAUUUGCCUCGCCAUGUCCCAUCACAGGUAUCGCUCCGGUCACAGUCGCAGAUUGCAUCUAUUCCGUCGAAUUCGGGGCAACAACCACAGGCAGAUCUGGCGGAGGAAUUGGCCUGGGGCCCGGCACAUCCUUGUUUUCCACAUAUCAACCCUCACGUUCCAAUAGAGUCAUCGGAAUACACGUCGACACGAAUUAUUCGCAUUCGACGCGACUGGAUGGUCAAGGGCGAUCUGGCACCGACAUUCUCCAACCUCUACCCGGAAAUCCUCGAUCCGCUAUUACCUGAACACGAAUUCCGCAAGAUCAUCGCGACAGUCAACGACGAACUCAGUAAAGCGUUCGACCCGUAUCGGCUGCGAAACUGGAUUGACGGAGCUCUGGGCUUGGUGACCGGCUGGCUGUGGGAGGACAUAGGGGCCCCAGCUAUAAAACGGCAUCUGCAACACGUGGAGGCGUGGCUGGAGAAAUGGAACCGUGAAGUUGGUGCCAAGGAUGGGGUACGGAUCUGGAGUUUGCGGAGGUCGGCGUAUAUGUCGCUGGACAUCCAGAUUCCGGAUCCGAAGGUUGGCAUUAUACACAGCGAGGAUCCGUCGCUUCCUGGUACGAGGCCGAGUACCGGUGUUGGGCGGGGGGUAUGAUCUUUUCUUUUCUUCUAUCCGUCUUUCGACUUCACUUUCAACUUUUUCUAUUUUCUUUUAAUCUUCGUUCUGGGACCACCACUACACCGCAUGAUACCUGGGAAAUUGGGCCUAAUAUUUUAUCCUUAUCUCUUUCUUCGUUUUUGUUCAUUAUGAUAUCCACGCUUGAUCGCUGACCUUGACGCCAACCUUGAUCUUGAUACCAUCCAUGUGUUGUUUUGGGGAGAUAACGAACGAACCCCAGUCUUGUGUUUGUCUUUUUUUUUUUUAUCUUUUCUUUUUGUGAAUAUGUCUCUAUCUCUGGGCCUACUUUUUGUGUCUAUAAUUCCUGGACUUACUGUAAUUUUAAAGUAAACUGGUUACUCGUCUUAGUAAUUAGUAUGUGGAUAAGAUACGUUGAGUGACUUUGGAUGAGUGGAUUGAAUACAAGUUAAUAUUGACUGGUGAGACUAUGGAC